AUGCUAGACGGGCGCUCCAAAAUGUCCGAUCAAACGGCCCCAAAUGGGACGUCUACACCGACUUCGCGAUUGAGCAGCCUGGCUCUCACCGAAUACUCUGCGAUCCCCACCCCUACAUCAGAGAAGGAGGAGUAUAGGGGACCGGAAAGCCCACCCUCUUGGGAUAUCCCUGACGCCUUUUUGCUUCCCAAUGGCUACCCGGAUUAUCUCCGGUUGAUCCUCACCUCCCGUGUUUACGAAAUCACCACCGAAUCCCCGCUUCACCAUGCCGUCAACCUCAGUAACCGUAUGGAGUGUCGAGUGCUUCUUAAGCGGGAGGAUAUGCUUCCCGUUUUCAGCUUCAAGCUUCGUGGAGCCUACAACAAGAUGGCCCACUUGUCCCAUGAGCAGAGAUGGAAGGGUGUUAUUGCGUGCUCUGCAGGAAACCAUGCGCAGGGUGUUGCGUACUCCGCCCGCAAGUUGAAAAUUCCCGCCACUAUCGUCAUGCCUUCUGGCACCCCCGCCAUCAAACACUUGAAUGUUGCCCGACUUGGCGGUAGCGUCGUCCUUCACGGAAACGAUUUCGAUGCCGCUAAGGAGGAAGCUCAUCGCUUGGAAAAGCAGCACGGUCUGACCGGCAUUCCUCCUUUUGACGAUCCGUACGUUAUCGCUGGACAGGGAACCAUUGGUAUGGAGAUUCUUCGUCAGGCAAACCUAGAAAAGCUGGAAGCUGUGUUUUGCGCCGUUGGCGGAGGAGGUCUGAUCUCUGGUGUUGGUGUUUAUCUUAAGCGCAUUGCACCCCAUGUCAAGGUUAUCGGCGUGGAGACCCACGAUGCCAACGCCAUGGCCCAAUCAUUAGAGGAGGGCUCCCGUGUCCUGCUGAGCGAAGUGGGGCUGUUCGCUGAUGGCGCUGCGGUAAAGACUGUUGGGUCUGAGUGCUGGCGUGUGGCUCGUGAAGUGGUGGAUGAGGUUAUCCUUGUCUCUACUGAUGAGACCUGUGCUGCGAUCAAGGAUGCUUUCGAGGACACACGAUCUAUCAUCGAACCUGCCGGAGCCCUGGCUAUUGCAGGUCUGAAGAAGUAUGUUGCAAAGUACCCUAGCCCGCACACAAACCGCGAGCUUGUUGCUAUCACCUCCGGAGCAAACAUGGACUUUGACCGUUUACGGUUCGUUGCCGAGCGUGCCGCAUUGGGGGAGCGAAAGGAAGCGCUGCUCAGCGUCAACAUUCCCGAGAAACCUGGCGCUUUCGCAAAACUCGUGGAAGUUAUCCUUCCCCACGCCGUAACCGCCUUCAGCUACCGCUACGCUAACGACGAAUCUGCGGAUGUUCUCAUGGGCAUCUCCCUCUCCGCUUCAACCGGCCGGGACGACCUCGCGAAGAUCAUGGCAGAACUAGUCAGGGGCGGUAUGAGCCCUCGGGACCUCAGUGACGACGAGCUGGCCAAGCGCCAUGUCCGCUUCCUGGUCGGCGGACGCAGCGAUGUGAAUGACGAGCGUUUGUUCAUGUUUGAAUUCCCUGAACGCCCUGGCGCACUCGCCAAGUUCCUCACGACCCUCCGUCCCAACCAAAACAUUUCCUUAUUCCACUACCGCAACUAUGGCGGAGACGUUGGCAAGGUUCUUGCCGGUAUCCAGUGCCCGGAGGCAGAAAAAGCGGAUCUGGAGGCUUUCCUGCAUGACUUGGGGUACCCAUUCAGCGAGGAAACCGAGUCCGAGUCAUACAAGACUUUCCUUCGUCGUUGA